AUGCAUCUUCUCCUCCCAUUUCUCGUCCGCGUGUCUGUUUGCCACUUCCUACCUCCCGUGCGCGUGGGGUCUGUCCGCGCUUCAAGUUCAGUUAAUAUCCUCCAUACACCCCACCUCGGUACCAGCACACAUGCCUACACACUCGCCACAUUCCGCAUACUCUCGCGACUCAAGCGCCAGAUCGGCACCACCCAGGGUGGAGCUGAUGGAAUGUUAGUAGCAGCAACCGAGUAA